UGAGUACGGACAUUUGUGUACCCUAUUUGCCAUAACUCAGCAUAAACAAAAGAAGCCAGCAUUUUUAAACAAUUAAUUGAACUGAAGUGAAAUUUGAGCCCCCGCCGCCAAUUAACGGCGCAAAUGAGACUGAGGAGAGCAGCAGCACAAUCAAGCGAUGCCAAAGAUGCCGAAAUCCAGCCAUAACAUCGUAUGGAAUCCGCCGCAAGUGAAGCAGCUCCUGACACUCUUUAAGCGGCACCGGAAUCUCUACGAUCCGACGGACCCUGAGUACAACCACAGGGGCCGGCGGUCCUUCGCCUUGGCUAGAAUUCUCCUGGCCCUGCGCCCAGCGAUGCCGCAGCUGUCCGAGGAAGAUGUGCUAAACAAAUUUGGCAGCAUACGGCGGCGGUACUCGGCCCUGACCCAGCGUAUCAACGAGCCGGGCCUGCAGCUGCCCUAUUGGUACCAGCUCAUGGAGUUCUUCAGGCCCCAUCUGAGGAACGGCAGCCAAGCGGCGAGCGCGCACAUAGCAACGGUCAGCGUGGCCAAGCGGCACAAACCCAUCAAAGACGAGCAUCUGGAGGCCCUGGACGCGAUCCUCAGCCACACUGUGAGUGGCGGAAGGACUGCGGCUGCGGCUGCGGCUGGGGCUGCGGCUAGUGUUGGUGCUGGUCCUUCAGACGAUCGAUCGGCUUCCGACGAUAGUAGCGAGGAUGACGAGGCGGACGAGUCUGAUGCGAGCAAACUGGACCCGCAUCACGGCCGCUCGCCAGCGCAGGCUAUUCUGGACACGGCCACAUCCAUGCUGGGACGUUUGGCCGAACGCGUCACCUACACGCCCGACGUGGAGGCCUUUGGCGAAAUGCUGAAGGCCGAGAUGCAGUCCCUACAGCCCCACAGCCGUCGCCAGCUGCGCAACAAGCUCAUGGCGGUGAUCAUCGACGAGGGGAAAAGCUCAGAAUACUUGUAGCACGCUCACAUGGCGUUGCAAUAUACUCGUAAAUGUUUUUAGUUUAGUUUUAGACGUCAGUUAAUUUGAGAAAUGAAAAAAAAAUG